CCUCCAAACCCAAAACCCUAAAAAAAAAAAAAAAAGAAAAGAAAAGGGAAAAAAAAAGGGGAAAAAAAAAUGGUGUUGUUGUGUAUAUGCUCUGUUUUGAUUCCCUUCGUCCAAACCUAAGAAGAGAAGAGCUAAACCCCACCCUCUCCUUGUAACCUCCACCUCCACCUCCACCUCCACCUCCACAGCAACAACAAGAAACCCUAAUUAAUCCCUCUUUAUAUCUUUUUAUAUCUCUCUCUCUCUCUCUCACGGGCAUUUCCGCAAACACCUUUGGAGGAGGAGGAGGCAUGGCGGAGAACCCGAGCAUCAGGGAGACGCUGGAGCGGGGGGAGGAGGAGACGUACAAGGGGCUCGAGGCGCCCCCGUCCAUGGCGGCGGCGGGGGCGGGGGCGGAGCGGGAGCGGAGGAGGAAGGUGGCGUACGGAGGAAGGGGUGGGGGUGGGGGUGGUGUGGGGGACUACGCGGUGGGGGUCGGCGUCGGGGUCGGGGUGGUGGUGGCGGAGGACCCCCCGGCGAGGAUCGAGCUCGUGGGGUGGUACGCCUACGCCGUGUGCUCCUUCUUCGUCCUCGCCGUGCUCGUCCCCGUCCUCUUCCCCCUCAUCAUCGCCCAAAUCGCCUCCUCCUCCGACUCCCCCUCCACCACCGCCACCACCACCAUGAGAGGCGUUUCGUGCUCCGCCAAGGAGAUGGCGCUGUAUCAGAGGUUGGUGAAGCACUCGAUCGACGUCGGCGGCUCGCGGUUCUCUGCGCUGCAUUGGACGGUGAUCUCGUGGGCAGCGGGCGUCAUCGCCGUAGCGCCGCUGCUCCCGCAGGUCGCCCACCAGCUCGACCGCGGCCACCACCAAUCCCUGCUCCUCAUCGCGGCCAUCACCUUCGGCGCCUUCUUCUGCCUCCUCACCGGCUUCUUCAAGACCGCCUGGCUCUUCCCCUUCUACAUCAUCUUCAUCGUCUCCGCCAUCACCGUCUCUGACUCCGCCCACUCCCGCUACCUCGCCCUCAUGCUCCGCGGCCUCACCGCCAGCUCCUCCGGCCGCCACCUCUCCCUCCGCCGCCGCGCCGCGGGCGGCCAGCUCUCCCUCUACUCCACCGCCGCGGGGAGCCUCGGCGCUGCCGUCAUCGCCGCCUUCGUCUACCACAUGCUCCGCCGCUCCGACCAGCUGACCGGCCUCUGGGUCGUCUCCAUCUUCAGCGGCCUCAUCUGGUUCAUCGCCAUCUGCCACGGCCUCUUCUCCAACCGGCCGGCCUCGUCCAUCUCCUCGUCCCCCUCCCCGUCGUCGCCGCCGUCGCUGGCGCACAACAUGUUCGACAAGGUAUCGCACGCGCUAGCCGUGUUCAGCUACCCGCACGCGGUCGGCAGCCUCGCCGCCGUCUUCCUCUCGUCGUUCUCGACGAUGUGCAUCUUCACCGCCGGCAUUCUGUACAUCAUCGGCGGCCUAUGCAUCAAGCCCGUCAUGAUCCUAUCCUUCUUGAUCAUCUACUUUGCGUUCCCGGUCCUGUCGCUCCCCGGAAUCCACGCCCUGCAGCUGCUCCUCCGCACGGACGCGGUGCGGAUGCAGCUCCUGGGGUUCCUCCUCUGCGCGUUCGUCUCCGGCGCGGGGUUCUACUUCAAGGACCGGAGGUGGCGGGCGGCGCACGUCAUCCUCGUCGGGCUCGUCCAGAGCACCGCGGCCGGGGCGCUCCACGCGUUCGGCCGGGUCCUGCUGCUGGACUGCGCCCCGCCGGGGAAGGAGGGCGCGUUCGCGGCCUGGCUGGCGUGGGCGCGGGCGGCGGGGGCCGGGGUGGGGUUCGCGGUCGGGUCGGCGUCCCCCGGCCGCAUCGGCGCCGCCUUCGGGGCCGCCUUCCUCGCGAGCCUCCUUGGGGGCCUGGUGCUCGUCUUCGGGAGCGUGAGCGACGAGGGCGCGUUGGUCGCGGCCGGGCACGUGCGCAAGGAGGAGUUGGAGUAUGAGAGGAAGAUGGUGGGGGAGGAGGGGAUGAGUGGGAUUGGCUUGAGCUCAAAUUCUGGGGAGGAUAGAGAAGGGUACAUUGGUAGAGUGAGAGUAUGAUGAUGAUGAUGAUGAUGAUGAUGAUGAUGCUUCUUAAUGCUGAUGAUGAUUUAAUUUUACAUAUAUGUUUGUGAGAAAUUUAAUCAAUGGUGGUGGUGGUGGUGGUGGUGGUGGUGGUGUGGGUGCUUGUUAAUUUUAAUUUUAAUUAUUAUUAUUAUUAUUAUUAUGAUCUCACUUUUCACUCUCUAGAAAUGGUGUUUAAUUUGAGUAGGAAUUGGUUGUAGUUCAUUCAUUUGUUUGAGAUAAUUGUAACUGACAAUGUUUGUUUUGUUGUUUGUUGUUGUUAAGUGACUGUAACUCUGUGUGGGUGGUUUUUU